ACUGUCCUAUUAUUAACCUAAAAUAUCAGAGGUUAAGAGUACAUUGCAAGUUCUCUAGCAGCUUCAAACCAGUAAUAUUAGCUUUAAAAGAUUAGACAUAUUGUUCUGCUCCCACUUUAUAAAAAUACUAAUAAAUUAAGGCAGAGAAACUGGUGUUUCUUUCCAAAAGUAGAAGGAUAAGAUGCCUAAAGUGAUGCUUACUAUUGUAUCUGCAUCCACGUUCUGAAAUGCUCACAACUUUCAUUAGUAAAUUAUAAUGCCUUCUUGUGGAAAAACCAGAGUGGUUGUGGUUAUUCUAGUGGUCAGAGUCAAACUCAACAUGACUCAAUGGAAGAAAUAAAAAGCAUGAGAAACUUGCAUAUAAUUUUUGAGGUCAUAAGCUGAUGUUGCAUAGAAUAUUAAAAGAAACUUGAUUCGACCAAUCGCCAACGCGGACGAUUCAAUUAAAUAGUUGUAAAAAGCGGCUUCAAGAACAUUAUAAACAUGGAGAUAUUUGACAAAAAAACAAUGAUGUGAUGUAAGAGAAUCAAUUUCCUAUUCUGUAUGCUUCCUGAUGUUUACUAUAUAUACUGGAUUACAUGUGUCUAUGCACCAAAUGUGGUUUACCAAGUAAGGACAACUCGAAUUAGAAAGUGACAGUGAGCUGUUAGAAAUGAGUUUCUUUGAGAAAUGGAAGGCAUCAGCUGCAAUGAUUUUUGUUGAAUUUGCUCUGGCAGUUGUAAAUGCUCUAUUUAAAAAAGUCCUCAGUAAAGGAAUGAAUAAAUUGGUGAUAAGUACAUACAGGUUUUCAAUUGCCGCAAUGAUCUUAACCCCCAUCGCGUGUUUCCUAGAAAGGAAUUCUAUAUCGAAUUUGACAGGUCGCGUCGUCUGUUCUCUGUUUUUCAGUGCACUUUUGGGGGGUACGCUCACUCAAUAUUUCUUCCUAAUUGGGCUAAAGUACACCUCAACAACAUUUAGUUGCGCAUUCAUCAAUGUGGUGCCCAUCAACACAUUCAUUAUGGCAUUUCUACUCGGGCAAGAGAACAUAAAUAUGAAAUGCAAAAGUGGGAGAGCUAAGGCAUUAGGCACGUUAUGUUGUCUUGGUGGAGCCUUAAUACUUACUCUAUACAAAGGAAUGCCAUUGAUAAACAAAUCAGCACCAGAAGUUGAAAUGAACCACAACACAAAGAGUUGGAUUAUUGGUUCCUCUUUUUUAUUCGCGGGGAGCCUCGUUUGGUCUUCGUGGUUCCUCAUACAAGCUAGGAUUGGGAAGGACUAUCCUUAUCAGUAUUCUAGCACAGCAAUAAUGUCAUUUUUUGGAGCCAUUCAAUCUGCAAUCUUGAGUUUGGUCAUUGACAGAAACACUUCCACAUGGUUUAUGAAAGGAACUUUAGAGAUCUCAACUGUCAUAUAUGCUGGAGUUGUGGGAUCAGGUUUAUGCUAUGUGGUCAUGUCAUGGUGUGUAAAGCAAAAGGGUGCAGUCUUCACCUCUGCAUUUAGUCCCUUCAUUCAAAUUUUUGCUGCUGUGAUUGACAUCUCCAUACUUCAUGAACAAAUUCACCUUGGAAGCAUUUUGGGGUCCAUUUUGGUUAUUGUUGGCUUGUAUAUUCUUCUAUGGAGUAAAAGCAAAGAAGCAGAGAACUUGAAGAAUUCUCCAACAACAGAAAAGAAUGUACAGGCUAAAUUACCAGUUACUUCUAGUCCAUCUCAUACUUAGCAAGGUUACACACAACAAGACAGAAGAAUUUUGAUGUUGCUGAAAUCCCUGGUGAACGAUGUGUUAUCCUAACCCCGAUGAUACUCAUCCAAUUUCUGUAGGAUUUUGUUCAAAUAUACCACAGUUUGCGCAAACAUUUAGAUCAGUAACUCAAAUUUUUGCUAGAAGGUUGCAGUUAGUAACUUUCUAGUUUCAAUAAAAUUAAGAUCUUUUUGUCCAAACAUCUAAGCUUAAUGAUAGCUAGAUCUAAACAAAUUUGGAUGAUUUGCUUACCAUAUUAAAAGCAUCUGUUUUAUAUAAGCCAAUACACAUAGUAACAUAACUUAAGUAAGUAUGAAGGAUCACCAAUAAAAGGCUAGAUCUUCUUCGCCUCUAACUCUUUAUACAGUCAAACCUUUGUAUAACGGUGUCGUUUGUCAGGAUAUGUUUUGCUGCUAUAGUGAAAUGUUAUUAUAGAGAACAUAUAAUAUAACAUGAAAAAUCGGUUCCAAAAAGGCUUGGUCGUUAUAGUAGGAUGACUGCUAUAGAGGAUUCUGAUUGUAAUCAGCAAGGCAUGUCUUUCCAAGGGCCCAAGAGUUAGGUUCUGUUUAUUAACAAGUUCUAAUUUGUAAUAGAAAAUCUU